UUCGUUCUCCACAUGUCCUCGCAUCAUGACAAGGUCAUCCCCUCCAACCCAGGUGAGAGGCUCCUAAACUACUAUGCGGAGUCGACUGAACCAGUCACAUGGACCGACACGUGCCCUGAAGUCCUGCUAAAACAGGAGAGGACUUUUUCAUGCCCGGACACGAGCUUGAGCAUGAAAACAAGUCCUGGGAACCACUCACAAUCUGCAGAACUUCCAAUGUCGCCUUCGGUGCAAUAUACUCUUGUUGCAGUGUCAUUCCUACUUCUAUUCACUGUAUUAUUUUCAAUGAUAUUUGAAUGUUACGGCAGGAGAAUGAUUUAGGAGCUAAGCAGCUAAGUAUGCUUUGAAAGAAUUAUUUUUUCUUAUUGCAGGGAAAAAAUGUGAUUUGAGUUUGAAUUUGAAUUAUCAGGAAUAUGUAUUUUACAAAGGGGAAGAACUGAAGAUGAACAUUAUCUGCCCUAUGUCUUUA